AAAAUACGAUGACGGAGAGCAAUUGGCGGCGAAGAGAGCUUGCAUUUCUGAUUGUUUAUGCCGUUGCCUUCUACGCUUUUGUCAUCCGUCGCUCUCUCCAACUCUCCCAUGAUUACUAUACCAAGCUUUAUGGUUUACGUCCUGGCUGGAUCGCUAAUCGCCUAAAUGAUGCCUCUGAUGCCCAGUGGAGGAACUUUCGAGGGAAUCUACAAAUUCUUACUGUAGUUUUUGGAAUUUUUACACUUGUAGCUAAUGUAUUGAGAACCUACCGUUGUUUAAGGGCGAAAGGCAUGGCAUAUGUUUGGCUCCUAAUUUCUUUGGCAUACUUAUCAUAUCUACACGGAGCUUGCAUCAUAUUUAUUCUCACCAUUGCUUCAGCCAAUUUUUUGCUUGUCAAGAUAUUCACUUUUGCAGAUAUUUGGCAGGACAAAAUAUUCUCGUACUUGCUUUGGACUUUCAAUUUAUCAUUUCUGGUCUGUAAUCGUGUAUAUGGAGGAUAUCAAUUCUCCAGUUUUGGGCAACAUUGGGCUUUCCUGGACAACUUUCGUGGUACCUUUAGAUGGCAUAUCUGCUUUAACUUUGUUGUAUUGCGCAUGAUAAGCUAUGGUUAUGACUACCACUGGAUGGACCAAAAUAAUCGAUUUGAUCAAGAGAAGCACAUCCAACGUUGCAGUACUUGUACAUCCGGAAAGAUAUGCUAUAUGUCAUUACAGGAGAGAAGUGUACAGAAUGACAAAUUCUCUUUUGCUGUGUACUUGUGUUAUCUGGUGUAUGCACCUCUUUAUAUUGCUGGACCAAUUAUUAGCUUUAAUGCAUUUGCUUCACAGUUGGAUACUCCUCAAAAGAAUUACUCAUCUAAACAAGUGGUAUGGUAUGGAUUCCGGUGGAUUCUAAGCCUUUUCCUGAUGGAACUAAUGACACAUUUCUUUUACUACAAUGCUUUUGCCAUCAGUGGUAUGUGGAAACAGUUAACUCCUAUGGACAACUUUAUCAUUGGUUACGGGGUCCUUAACUUCAUGUGGCUGAAAUUCUUUCUCCUGUGGCGAUAUUUUCGAUUCUGGUCACUGAUCAGUGGCAUUGAGGCCCCUGAGAAUAUGCCAAGGUGCUUAAAUAAUUGUUACAAUCUUGAGACUUUUUGGAAAAAUUGGCAUGCUUCCUACAACAAGUGGCUUGUGAGGUACAUGUAUAUUCCCCUUGGAGGUGCUCAAAGAAAGCUGCUAAAUGUUUGGGUUGUCUUCACAUUUGUAGCCAUAUGGCAUGAUUUAGAGUGGAAACUUCUUUCCUGGGCAUGGUUGACUUGUCUAUUCUUCAUACCAGAGAUUCUUGUUAAGUCAGCAGCUAACACUUUUAAGGUGCAGAGUGUUUUUGGGGAAUUCUUGUUACGCGAACUUAAUGCAGUUGCUGGUGCUGUUACCAUCACUUGUCUCAUGGUGGCGAAUCUUGUUGGAUUUGUCAUUGGGCCAUCAGGCAUUAAUUGGUUGAUUUCUGGGUUUCUCCAUAAAGAAGGAUUACCUACAUUUGGUGGCAUGUUCAUUAGCUUCUAUAUUGGGACUAAGCUUAUGUUCCACAUAUCUGAUUCUCAGCAAAAGCGGCUUAAAAAGUCGAUGUAA